GGUGAAGUAAACUCAAGUAUGGAAAAGAGAACAUUUCAAAGAACAUCUGGUGAUAGCCAAACAAUUGCACCUGACUCUAGUAAACAUCACAGUGUUUUGGAAGAAUUCUUGAAAGAUAAAGAGAAAUGCACAGGGUUGCACUGAAAACAAGACAUCAACUGACGUUGCAAACCAUAGUGGCGUGGAGGAAGAUGUCUGUGUGAGUAUCAUUGAGCUAAAGGACAACAUGCUUGAGGAAGCUGGUAGCUUGAGCAGAACUCGAUCAUGGGAGUCAACCAAGGUUUCUGAGUUAAAUCCUAAUGCAAAGGUGUGGGGAAAUCAUAUGUUACACUUGGAAGCAAGUGGUGCCACUGAUGGUAGCGUGAGCAAAACGUGGGAAGAAAUACCUGACCAACCUCCAGAUUCUUGUAAAGAAGGACUGGAUGCCAAUGGUGAUGGCGACAAAAAACAUCAGAAUGCAGUGCUGACAGAGCUGCAGGAGCCGUCACCAGCUGUUUCGGUGUCAGACCAGACAGAUAUGAACCCUCUGGCUCUUGAUCAUUCUGAGUAUGAGUCUAUGCAUGAAACCACCCAAACAGGUGGAAACGAACAGUUGCAGCCAGAAGGUCAGGAAGAUUUACGAGAAUUACUGAAAAAAACACUGGAAUUCUGCUUAUCUAGAGAAAAUCUUGCCAGUGACAUGUACCUUAUUUCACAGAUGGACAGUGAUCAGUAUGUGCCAAUAAUGACAGUAGCAAACCUUGAUCAUGUCAAGAAACUCAGUACUGAUAUGGAUUUGAUUGUUGAAGUGCUGAGAUCAUUGCCUUUAGUCCAAGUGGAUGAGAAGGGAGAAAAAGUUAGGCCGAACCAGAAUCGCUGUAUUGUGAUUUUACGUGAAGUACCCGAAUCUACCCCCAUUGAAGAGGUUGAAGCACUUUUCAAAGGAGAUAAUUUGCCUAAGUUUAUCAACUGUGAGUUUGCCUAUAAUGACAACUGGUUCAUCACAUUUGAAUCAGAAGCUGAUGCACAGCAGGCUUACAGAUACCUUAGAGAAGAAGUGAAAACUUUCCAAGGAAAACCAAUUAAGGCAAGGAUAAAAGCAAAGGCAAUAGCUAUAAACACAUUUUUGCCGAAGAAUGGAUAUAGACCUCUGGAUAUGAACCUCUACACACAGCAGCGUUACACAACAUCCUUUUACUUACCUCCAGUAUACAGUCCCCAUCAGCAGUUUCCAUUGUACAGCUUAAUUGGCCCACAGACCUGGUCAGCCACGCACAGCUACCUUGACCCUUCAUUGGUAACACCAUUUCCAAAUACGGGAUUUAUCAAUGGGUUCACAUCUCCAACCUUCAAGCCUGCUGCUUCUCCGUUGACUACACUCAGACAAUAUCCUCCUAGGAACAGGAAUCCUAGCAAGUCUCAUAUACGACAUACAAUACCCAGUGCAGAAAGGGGACCUGGGCUUCUAGACAGUCCUACAAUAUUCAACUUUUCUGCUGAUCGUUUAAUCAAUGGCGUCAGGAGUCCACAGACGCGGCAGCCGGGACAAAACAGGACACGGAUGCAGAAUGCUACUACGAGUUAUACCAAGAGGGAAGUAGGAACUGGACGGAUGGAACAGACCAGCCUUGACUCGUCUCCUGGAUUAGGUAGAGGAAGGAAAAACUCAUAUGGCUACCGAAAGAAAAGGGAGGACAAGUUUACAGUGAGCCAAACACAGUCUCCACCACCCCCAAAACCUCCAUCUCCUAGCUUUGAAUUGGGUUUAUCUAGCUUUCCUCCACUACCCGGGGCUGCUGGCAAUUUAAAGACCGAAGACCUUUUUGAAAACAGACUGUCCAGUGUGGUAAUAGGAACGUCAAAAGAAAGA